AAGACUCUCAUAUGUAAAAAAACUACAAUUCUACAUUUGCUGUAGAAUCACUCACCCAAGAUUACACUGACAACUGUACAAACAUAUUGGUAAAGUUUACAAAUUUGGGUAACUCCACCUUGACAUGAAAUGUAUUCAAAUUUGUGAACUUUACCAAGCACAGGCAUGGCUGUGUUAUAAGAAGCUUGCUUGCUAACCACAUGGUUCUUGGUUCAGUCCCACUACAAGCUACUUUGGGCAAGUAUCUUCUACUAAAGCCUUGGGCCAGCCAGAGACUUGCGAGUAGAUUUGAUUGAGGGGAAACUGAAAGAAGCCUGUUAUGUGUGUUUGUCUCCCCGUCCACCACUUGACAACCAGUGUUGGCAUGUCUACAACCCCAUAACUUAGCAGUUCAGCACUAGAGACUAAUAGAAUAAGUACCAGUCUGUAAAAAAAGAUAAGUACUGGGGUCGAUUCUUUCAACUAAAUAUUCUUCAAAGCGGUGCCCCAGCAUGGCCACAGUUGAAUGACUGAAACAAGAGAAAAGAUAAAAGUUUUGGAUCCAUUUCGAAACUGGAAUGCAAAGUUACAGUAAUACCAGUGAUGAUUAGUCGCAGCCGGCAGUUCAGCAGACAUAACUAAUCGAGAGAAAAUGGCUGUUUCGUUAAGGUCAUUCUGCUCACUGUCUAGGGUUUUCCAAAAGCUCCCUAACAAAAUCCCUUCCCCAUUAACUCAAGUGAUCAAUAUAAAUGCUGUUUUGAAAGGAUCCACAGAUCUCAAUGUAACAAGUCAAUCAUGUCGUUCUAUGACCAAAUGGCACAAAUUCAAAUUUGGAGUACAUAAACCUUUGAUUAAAAGAGAACCACCUGAGAUUUUGGAUGAAGAAGAUAAUAAAAAACUGGUAGCUAGAGUGUCUGAACAGAUGGCAAAUCCUGAUAUGGGUCGGCUCUUUGCUGUUGUUUAUAUUCGAGGUUUACAGAGGAAAGUGACCACAGAAGACAUGUUAAUUGUCAGUGGCUCCUUUCCGCCUAACAUUGGAGACAGGCUGAGGUUAGAAAAGGUUUUGUUAGUUGGCAGCAAAGAUUUCUCUCUUGUUGGUAGACCAAUUUUAAGUCGAAGUAUUGUUCGGGUUGAAGCAACUGUCAUAGAAAAAACUCUGUCAAAUGCUAAAGCACGUCUAAGUUAUAAAGCAAGGAAACACAAUCGCAAGUUUAAAUUGUUGAAAGAUCUUCAAACAGUCAUUGUUAUAAACAGUAUAGAGGUUAAUCCAAAAGGACUUAUCUCUGACACAUCCGACACUAUAUGAGUUGUUUGAUAGUCACUCAUUCAUUUAUAAAUUUAUUAUUUUGAUAAUGUAAAUAGUUAAUAAACAAAUUUGAUUAAACUA